AUGUCCGGUCAGAAGCGUAUCACGAGGGAGCUGCGCGAUUUGACGGCCUCGCCACUGACUGGCAUCACAGUCGCUUUGACAGAUGAGUCGGACCUGUUCAAAUGGGUCGUCACCAUGGAAGGACCCGCGGGUUCUCCUUAUGCUGGCGGUGUCUUCACUCUCAACAUCACCCUUCCACCAACCUACCCUUUCAAGGCCCCGACCGUCACCUUUGCCACCAAGAUCUACCACCCCAACAUCAGCAAUGACAACCCGCCCAACAGCGGCACCAUGUGUCUCGGAAUGCUCAAGGACAGCGAGUGGAAGCCCAGCACCAAGAUGUCUGCCGUGUUGGAAUUUGCCAGACAAUUGUUGAAAGAACCAAACCCUGACGAUGCUGUCGAAGCUAAGAUCGCCGAACAGUACCGUGACGACCGGGCUGCGUACGAGAGGGAGGCCAAAGAAUGGGAAUUCUUGUCGAAAUUCCUCCUCCGCGACUCUGGCUCUGGUUCCGAACUCGCUCCGAAUCCCUUGCCGACUCUUGCCCCCCCAGCUAAUGCUCUCGGCGCCGCCUAUGUCCCGGUUGUCGCUGAAGCUGAAGCUGAAACGACUCCUGGGCCUCAAAAUGGUGGAGAAACUGCUGCUGCUGAGCCUGCAAUCCAGCUCUACGGACUCGGCGUCAGCUUUGGUCGUUCAACUGGUAAUUGA